AUGAUGCCAUAUUCCCUCUCAUCGUUUCUCAGUGUCUUUGCGUUCCUUUUGGGAUAUGUGACUUAUGCCCGAGGACAGCAGCAAUAUCUUGGAGAUGUUACAGCCCCGCAAGGAAACGAUGCGGUGAACUUCACGGAACUGUUUUCGUCUGAGACGACUUUCAGGGAGACAUGGAAGAGUGAUACCUGGCAUGGACUUGUGACUUUUGCUGGCGCAAUACCUCAAAGGUGCUUCGGGAGUGACGCAGAAUUACUGUUCGAUGUGGCUGUUCUCGGUGCGCCAUUCGAUACUGCCACAAGUUAUCGUCCGGGAGCUCGAUUUGGUCCGAAUGGCAUCCGGCAAGGCGCGCGACGCCUGGGUGUAUCGAGGCUCAACGUGCCAAUGAAGAUACGCGUUUCUGAUCAUCUCAACGUCGUCGACUGCGGUGACGUUCCUAUGGUGUAUAUCGACAACAAAGUCGCACUGCGCCAACUUGAACUUGCGAACAUUGACUUGUUGUCCAAGCGGAGCUUGCGCACGUACGAAGGUCAGAGUCUCGCGAAGGAUGGCAAGUUCCACCCUCGUGUGUUGACUUUGGGUGGUGACCACACAAUUACGCUGCCUUUAUUGCGCGGAGUUGCAGGUGUAUACGGCCCUGUCAGUGUCAUCCAUUUUGACAGUCACAUCGAUACGUGGAAGCCGAGGCCAAUUGAAGGCAGCCCAUGGCUCCCUGGCGAGGAAAUGCCUGUCAAUCACGGCAGCUACUUCUGGUACGCGCAUAACGAAAGUCUCUUGGCUCCCGACAAUGCAAACAUCCACGUUGGUAUUCGAGGAGCACUCGGCGGUUGGGAAGACUACGAAAAUGAUUACGAAGUUGGUUUUGUGAUCUCUCAUGCGGAUGAUCUCGAAGAAAUUGGCUGGAGGGGUGUUGUCGAGAAGAUUCGAAAGACUGUAGGCGAUAACCCUGUGUACAUUUCCCUCGAUAUUGACGUGAUAGAUCCGGGGAUGGCUCCUGCAACUGGAACUCCGGAAAUUGGAGGAAUAACCACCAGAGAAAUCAAAAAGAUCCUACAAGGCUUGUCGGGCCUGAAGAUCGUUGGUGCAGAUAUUGUCGAAGUUGCACCAGGAUAUGACACGCAGGACGAGAUCACCCAGAUCGCUGCUGCUAACAUUGGCUGGGAUAUUCUUGCCUUAAUGGCCAAGGCCCCGGCGGUAGUUUAG